CAGGUUUAAUGCAUUUUAUCGUGAAUUCCUCUGGAUAAAGGAAAACCUUAGCUAUGUGUUUGUUUAGGCCUACACCGCACAUUAAAGUUGUGUACCCUAAAGGACUUUCCUAUCACCAUUAAAACUAGGCUAUCUUGCAGGAUCUAUGACGUUGUAGGGUUAUGUUAUCGAAGGUCCAACAUUUGCAGAUGUUUUUCAGUGGAUUGCCCUUACAGCAGAUGUAACAUCAGGAGAGAGAGUGAGAGUGAGAGUGAGUGAGUGAAAGAGAGAGAGAGAGAGAGAGAGAGAGAGAGAACAAAAGCAGAGUCACGACACUAGCCAGUUUCUAUCAGCAUGGUCUCACGCUGCCUCUUUAAGGGAGUUAUAUACUGGAGAUAACAAUUAGGAAUUUAGCUGUCAGGAUUUUGAAUAAAGAAAUGCCCUUGAAAAUGAUCUACUGACGAUGGAUAAAGGAUAGAUUUCAGGAGCCUUCAUUCGUCCAAAAUAACAAAUGAAAGUGUAUCAACUAGUAUUACAACAUAGGGCUACAUUAGGUUCCUAAACGUACAAUGGCAUACAAAAAUAGGGGGGGAAAAAAGACUAAAUUUUAUAUGAUCGGGCUAAAACCGAAUAGUGCAUGUCCCUUUAGUAUCAUGUUAACUUGGUGUCCUAUUUUUUUACCCCCUGAGCAGGGUUGCCAGGUUCCGCGUAUAAUGUUCAUGUGUUGCAGAUAUUUCAAAUUAGAAAUGUGUACCACUGUUAACUUGUAACUCCGGAAAGACUGAGAAAAAAAAACGUAAAAUGAGCCAAUAUUUUCAUUGCGUUCUGGGCUAGUGUCAAGUCUUUUUGUGCAAUAUUUGAUUUGUAGUGGGGUUGGGAAUUUUGAUGAAACCUGGCAACCCUGCCAGGCUUCCGUGAGUUAUUAUUUGAGGCUCCACAUUAAAGUUAAAAAAACAAAACAAAACAAACAAACAAACAACAACAAAGAAAAAAACUCGCGGUCACGGGAGUGUGCUUUGUGACAUCCUGUGGGAUCCUGAUGCACAAACCUAAUCUAAAGCUUUCUGGCAAGCUUUCUAUAGAAACAAACAAACAAACAAUUGUUCGUACCUGUUCUUAUUUGUUCGCUAUUUGUUCAGUCCGAUUAAUAUAUUCGUAUUUGGUUACACCCUAACUGCAGAAGUUGUUUCCGUGAUUCAUCUCGCCUUCACGUAAAAAAUAAUCACAUACACAAUAAAGGUAAAACAAAACUAUUCCGCUAGUUUUUUAUACUUCACUAAUAAUACUUCCAUUUUAUUGUCUUGAUUGAUUCAUAAGCAAAAGUAGAUUUUGCCAUGUAGCACUGGUGCUACCCUGCCAGAAAACUAAGAAGACCAGCACUAACAAAAAUUCAGAACUCCACUUGAGGUCUUCCAUGGACCUCCCUUUGUGCACAGGGACACUGUCAUGCUGGAACAUGUUUGGGCCCCUUAUAGUUCCAGUGAAGGGUAAUUUUAAUGCUACAACAUACAAAGACAUCCUAUACAAUUGUGUGCUUCCAACAGUUUGGGGAAGGCCCACAUAUGGCUGUGAUGGUCAGCCGUCCACAAACUUUUGGCCAUGUAGUAUAUAAUUAUAUAGAUAUUUGUAAUUCCUUAAUUAACUAGCUAGGCCAUGCCACUGCUUUCUCUAUGCUGUUGUAUCCUCACAAUCACAAGCAGCAGACUUGGAAUCUGACAGCAAGGCUUUUCUUAUUUUUGCACAUAUUUUUCACACCACCUUUCUCCAGCAUUGUCUAGUUAACUUUCUUCAACAAACAUAUGUAAUUGAUCAGUGAAUUAGAAAUAGGAUCUCUGAGUGGUAUUGUCAUGCUGUGUGUGUGCAUGUGAGUGUCACCUGUAAAAGAGCAUACAUUAGAGAGGAGGCAAUGUGAAAAGAAAGAAAAUCAUUCAGCCCACAUAUGGGAAAAUGUGACCUACUGGGAAAAUCCACAGACUUUCUAAUGGCCUGUCUGCCCUGUGACAGAUUUUGUUCCUGACAGCUCAAAACCACAUAAAGUUGGCUAUGAUGCUAAUUUUAUGACCACUUUACAGUUUAAAUGGGUGCACAAUUGGUUCCUAACAAUAGGCCCAAAUUAGUAAAUAAAAUAAAAAAAAAACCUUGAGUUAUUAAUACAUAAAACAACACAAUAUGUUGCAGAAAAGCACAAGUUUCACUAAUAGCACAGGACUAAAAAACAAAACAGCUAUAAAAAAAAACAUAUAACAGUGCUUAGGGGUUCAAGCCCCAGCACUGCCAAGCUGCCACUGUUGGGCCCUUGAGCAAGGCCCUUACCCCUCUCUGCUCCAGGGGCACUUUGUCAUGGCUGACCCUGUGCUCUGACCCCAGCUUUCUAACAAGCUGGGAUAUGCGAAGAAAAGAAUUUCACUGUGCUGUAAAUGUAUAUGUGACAAAUAAAGGCUUCUGCUUCUUCUGAACUAAAAAAAAUGCAGGGUUUAAUGUGAUCCAGUCCAUUCCUGCAAACUAGUGCUGGGUCAAUAUAUAACACAACACAUGUUGGGUCAGUUUGGCCACAAACUGUUGGGUUAUAUAUAGAACUCAAUGUGCUUUUUGCUUUAACUGCCCAAAGUUGUACAAACCCGAUUCCAAAAAAGUUGGGACACUGUACAAAUUGUGAAUAAAAAAGGAAUGCAAUAAUUUACAAAUCUCAUAAACUUAUAUUUUAUUCACAAUAGAAUAUAGAUAACAUAUCAAAUGUUGAAAGUGAGACAUUUUGAAAUGUCAUGCCAAAUAUUGGCUCAUUUUGGAUUUCAUGAGAGCUACACAUUCCAAAAAAGUUGGGACAGGUAGCAAUAAGAGGCCGGAAAAGUUAAAUGUACAUAUAAGGAACAGCUGGAGGACCAAUUUGCAACUUAUUAGGUCAAUUGGCAACAUGAUUGGGUAUAAAAAGAGCAUCUCAGAGUGGCAGUGUCUCUCAGAAGUCAAGAUGGGCAGAGGAGCACCAAUUCCCCCAAUGCUGCGGCAAAAAAUAGUGGAGCAAUAUCAGAAAGGAGUUUCUUAGAGAAAAAUUGCAAGGAGUUUGAAGUUAUCAUCAUCUACAGUGCACAAUAUCAUCCAAAGAUUCAGAGAAUCUGGAACAAUCUCUGUGCGUAAGGGUCAAGGCCGGAAAACCAUACUGGAUGCCCGUGAUCUUUGGGCCCUUAGACGGCACUGCAUCACAUAAAGGAAGGCUACUGUAAUGGAAAUCACAACAUGGGCUCAGGAAUACUUCCAGAAAACAUUGUCGGUGAACACAAUCCACCAUGCCAUUCGCCGUUGCCGGCUAAAACUCUAUAGGUCAAAAAAGAAGCCAUAUCUAAACAUGAUCCAGAAGCGCAGGUGCUUUCUCUGGGCCAAGGCUCAUUUAAAAUGGACUGUGGCAAAGUGGAAAACUGUUCUGUGAUCAGACGAAUCAAAAUUUGAAGUUCUUUUUGGAAAACUGGGACGCCAUGUCAUCCGGACUAAAGAGGACAAGGACAACCCAAGUUGUUAUCAGCGCUCAGUUCAGAAGCCUGCAUCUCUGAUGGUAUGGGGUUGCACGAGUGCGUGUGGCAUGGGCAGCUUACACAUCUGGAAAGGCACCAUCAAUGCUGAAAGGUAUAUCCAAGUUAUAGAACAACAUGUGCUCCCAUCCAGACGUCGUCUCUUUCAGGGAAGACCUUGCAUUUUCCAACAUGACAAUGCCAGACCACAUACUGCAUCAAUUACAACAUCAUGGCUGCAUAGAAGAAGGAUCCGGGUACUGAAAUGGCCAGCCUGCAGUCCAGAUCUUUCACCCAUAGAAAACAUUUGGCGCAUCAUAAAGAGGAAGAUGUGACAAAGAAGACCUAAGACAGUUGAGCAACUAGAAGCCUGUAUUAGACAAGAAUGGGACAACAUUCCUAUUCCUAAACUUGAGCAACUUGUCUCCUCAGUCCCCAGACGUUUGCAGACUGUUAUAAAAAGAAGAGGGGAUUCCACACAGUGGUAAACAUGGCCUUGUCCCAACUUUUUUGAGAUGUGUUGAUGCCAUGAAAUUUAAAAUCAACUUAUUUUUCCCUUAAAAUGAUACAUUUUCUCAGUUUAAACAUUUGAUAUGUCAUCUAUGUUGUAUUCUGAAUAAAAUAUUGAAAUCAUUGCAUUCUGUUUUUAUUCACAAUUUGUACAAUGUCCCAACUUUUUUUGGAAUCGGGUUUGUACUUUUCUGUAAAGUAUUUUGUUGAUAAAAUAUAAAAAUAUAAAAAAAAUAUGUAUAUAUAACCAGUUGCAUUAGCAGUAAGCUCUUGAGUGUCGAUUGAGUAAGCUUGUGUUUUCAUUCCUUUUUUUAACUGCAAAAUAAUAUCACUAUUUAUUGAUUGAUUGUAACCAAAUUAUACUAUAUGUUACCACCAAAACUACAAAAGAUAAUCUGAGAAAUUAGGUACUUACAGAUUUUUUCUCAGCUUUUCAUUUUCAUCUUUUCAUCUUGAAAUUUUAAAAUUCUCAACAGCUUCAUGUUCUAUACAGUGACAUUGCUGCAGUAAAACUGACCAAAAUGUGAUGUUAUCACAUUUUAGCAGAAGAAUUAAAUGAGUAUGUUCUGUUGUGUUAACUAGGCAAAAGUUAACAUUGUGAAAUAACCCAGAAAAUGACCAAACACGCUCAACCCAUUGGAUUAAUUAAACAGAUUAUGUAAGUAAUAUCUAGUUUUCUGUAAAGCUGCUUUGUGACAACGACCAUCCGAGCCUUGAAAUGCUGCAAAGAAUGUUUGCUUUCAAAAAUAAUGAAAUCCAAUGUUUCUACAUAAAGAAAUACUAUAAAGAUUAAACAAUAAUAAAAUACAAUAACAGUAAACAGUAAUAAACUAAAAAGAGUCAAUAUUCUGUGUGAUAACCCUUUAGUUGCUCCUGCACAAUUUGUUUUAUAAGUUUUAUAAGAAAAUUAGCUCAUGAGUUUUACUGAGCAUCUUGGAGGAUCUGCCACAGUUCUUCUGGAGACCCUAACUGUCUCCAGACAGUUCUUUUUUGCAUGCAAAACCCAGCAGCCUGCAUUAUGUCUUUUUGUCUGAAAAAUGGUCUAUGUAAUAUGUUGCUAUCUUUUCUUUAUUUUUUUUUUUUGUUGGAACAACAUUUUUGUACUGACUCAAUAAUGCAUAAACAUCUAUAAACAUCUACAACAAAAUUUGUACUAAAAAUAAUAGGGUGCCUAAGACUUUUGAACAGUAACAUACAGUAUAGUCGCAAGCAAAAGUUUGUAAACCCUUUGGAAUUACCAGUUUUUGCAUUGAUCACCUAAGCAACAAUUAUAAACGAAUACAAACACAGUACUAGUUUUCAUGUCUUUAUCGAGCAUAUUGAGUAAUCAUUCCCGAUGCAGCCUGGAAACAGUAGGUGAACCUUUGCUAACAACUUGUCCAAAAAUGUGUUGGAGCCAAGUGUUUCAAUUAAGCAGAUGAGACCUGUAAUGUAGGUUGAAAAAGGUACUUUGCCCUUUAAAUAAAAACACACAAAGGCUAUGUUCACACAGCAGGCAAAAGUGGCCCAAAUCCAAUUUCCUGGACAAAUCCGAUUUUUUUGUUAGGCUGUUCACACUAUGUUUUCAGUGUUUCCUAUAUCUGACAGUAGUCUGAAGAGAUCAUGCUCCUAAACGGACCUGUAUGCACAAAGGAACAAUGUGCCGUGUGAUGCAUUCAAGCUCGCUGUAAAAAGGGCACAUUAUUCAGUCAUGGUCACUUCUAUGGUUUUGUGUACUUGGUUUCUUUAAAUUUUUCUUUUGAACUUUUAACUUUCCUUUGGCAAUGCAUCCAGGUUCUCCUUUGGCUGUGUUCAGCCAUUUCUUUUGAGGUCUGUUCAAACACAGAGCGGUGCCUUCUAAUUUUGUUUGUACAACAUCAUCACCCCAAAUAUUUAUGAGGCCCCAUUACCUUUAUAUUACACCACUGAAAUCCUACUUCACUGUUAUCUUCCAUUUUUCCUUCCCAUGAAAUUAUGACAAAUGUCGGGUUGGAUUGAAGUAAAAGUCACAUGAAUUCUGAUCUGCCUGUUCAGACAGAGGUCGCAUUGCCAUGUAUCGGAUACUUAUCAGAUUUCAGCACCACAUAUGAAAGUGGCCCAAAUCAGAAUUGAAGAUGUGAAUGUUCAGUGUGUUUUUUUGCUGUUCACACAGCUAUGCAAGUAACAAACCUGUGUCACAUUUGAAGAAAAGAUUGGAUUUGGGCCACUUUUGCCUGCUGUGUGAACAUAUCCAAAGUUUGGUUACUGACAAAUCUGUUCUUCUCAAGAACAUUUGAGUAGUUUGAACCAUGCCUUGAUCCCAUCAGCUUUCAAAGGACCUUAGAGGAUGCAUUAUAGAGAUGCACAAAGCUGGAAAAGCCUACAAAAACAUUUGUAAAGACAUGGGUGUUCAUCAAUCCACAAUAAGACAAAUUGUCGACAAAUGAAGGAAAUUCAGGACUGUUACUACUCUCCCUAGGAGUGGGUAUCCUGCAGAGAUCACACCAAGAGCACAGCCUGAUAGAGGUGAAAUAGAACCCAAGUGUAAUAGCGAAAGACUGCAAAAAAGUCUACAAACUGCAAAGGUCAUGUGUCCACUAUCAGAAAAACACUGAACAAGAAUAGUGUUAAUGGAAGGACACCAUGGAGGAAACCACUGAUGUAAGAAUAAAUAAAUAAAUAAAUAAAAAACCCUUUGUGGCACAUCUCAAGUUCGCCCAAACCGCCUGGAUGUUCCACAGUGCUUCUGGGAAAAUGUGCUGUGGACAGAUGAGACAAAAGUUGAACUUCUUGGCACAAAUCCACAAUAGUAUGUUUGGAAGAAAAAAGGCACUGCACACCAACACCAAAACCUCAUCCAUUAUGGCAUCAUGGUUUGGAGCUGCUUUGCUGCCUCAGGGCCUGGAAGCCUUGCAAUCUUUGAAGGAACAAUGAAUUCAAAACUGUAUCAAGACAUUUUACAGGAGAAUGUCAGGUCAACAGUCCAUGACCUCAAAAUUCCUCCUCAUCUUUGUACCAGUGGAGGUUGUUGUUGGAGGUGGAGGUUGGUGGAGGUUGUUGUUGUUAAAGGAGGUUUUACACGUGACAAAAUUCAAAGGUUCACUUAUGUGGCAAGUGGUUUACCAGGAGUUGGUUAUGUGGCAAAUGGUUUACCAGGAGUCUGCAGCGGGAGUGUGGGGGAGUGAGGAAAUUAAUGGUGCGCACCUGAUUCUUAUUGGUGAAUGAGUAUGUAACAUGCUUUUCUCUCUCGUUCUCACUCACUCAGUGCAGCUGGAAAAAAAAUGGGAAAGUGAAAAAGUUUAGGGAAAUUGCUCAAAGGGCAAAGGGAUAGCAUGUCAGGUUGUUCGCCCUUGGUACUUAAGCCAGUGUGUUCCAAACCCUCAGGCCACUGACUGAGAUACAGUGCCCCAAUAAGAGCCUUUGAACAUUCUCUGAACAUAUCUGCAGAAAAUAGCAAAAUACACUCACCAGCCACUUUAUUUAGAACACCAUACUAAUCCUAUCCCUUUGCUCUCAAAAUGGCCUAAAUUCCUCAUGGCAUGCAUUCCACAAUGUGUUGGAAACAUUCCUGAGAUUUUGGUCCAAGUUGACAUCACUGGAGAGGCAGAUUUGUCAGCUGCACAUUCAUUAAUGUCUACGUUCCUGAGCAGGAUGCAGAAAGGCAUUUUACUUUGGGGGUGCUGGAAUUUUAAGCAGCAUACAUGUGGUGUGUGCUAUGAUGUCACACCCGAUUGAUAGUAAAAUAAUAUUUCUUUUAACAGGCAAUGUGUGUUGAUAUCAAUAAUUAUGCCACAGCAGAUAGUAAAAUAGUAUUUCUUUUAACAGACAAUGUGUGUUGAUAUCAAUAACUAUGCCACAGCACAGCUGAAGUCUUGAAUCAAAAAGUGUUUAUUAAUUUUCUAUAGCACGGAUCUUAAUAUUUACGAAUGUAACAUAAAUGAUAGAUUUAUAUUAAUGUGCUCAUCCUAAUAUGUUAUCAUUCCUAUAAUAGCUCUUUCAUGAGGACUAGUAUGGUGGAAGCUCCACAUAUAACCUAGAACUGAAAUAGAAUUAUUUACAAAAAAAAAGUCUACAUAGGUAUUCACCCCAUGGCUGUCAAACCCGUAAUGUCGUGCAGGUGAAACCAGUUGCCAUCAGAUUUAGUUGAAUGAUUUAAAUACAUGCCACAGUUUGUUAAAGAACAUACAAAAACAAGUCAUGAGCAUCACGAAGAUCAAAGAGUUAUCAAAACAAGGUCGAGACAAAGUUCUGGAAAAGUAUCAGGAUUUGGUUAUUAAAAAAAAAUAUCCCCAACUUUGGAGUACUGCUCCAUUAUUGAAAAAGGAAAAGAGUAUGGAACAACUGUAACUCUGUGUAGAGGACACCAUCCACCAAACAUUAGCAAAUGGGUAAGUUUCUUGGAUUUUUGAUAUAUGGGAUCGUUCGUCCAUAACGCGCAAAUGAAAUGUGGAUCACAGCAUCGUUAGUCUAACCCGAACAGAACUUGUUUCUUGGAUCUUGAUUAUGGUGAACAGUUUUCCCAUAACUCAAAAAUAAAUUUGAUGGCAAAUUCGCAACAUUAAAACAUCAAAAUGCUCUUGUGAGGAGGGCUUGGAAUUUUGCAUUAUGCCAUUUGUUUUGAUGUAACACUUGAUGUGAUGUGUGACACAAGCCUUGACGCAACACAUCUGGUGCUAAUUUGGGGUUAAUCCUGAUUAUGUAUAAUAAUAUAAAUAAUUGAUUUUUCUCUGUUUGUCCUGAUAUUCUAGGCAUUGCAAAGAUCAAGCUUAGUGAAAUAUCAUAAAUCAUUUAAUUACCCACUGGCUGCUGGCAUGGGGAAACUGACGGCAGUGACAAGUAGGAUUUCUAUGGUCAGUGUAUGAGACUAUAUUUAUUUACAUGAAGUGGGUAAGGUCGAUAAUUUCAUGAGACUGUAAUGCUUCCUGGAUUUAUUACUCAAUGCCCAUAGUUUCUGCCACUGACAGUAGAUCCACCCAGUUAUGGGGAGGUGCUGCACUGGUGACAGGUCUAUGGCAUACUCAUAGAUGCAGUGAAUAGGGAGACAAGUAGCUUUACAUUUGCCGAACAUGUCCAGAAUUUUGUGACCUGCCUGAGUGAUGCUGACUUGGUGAAAGGUUACUGGACUUUCUGUCAUGCUGAAAUUAAAUUGUAUUUUAAUACAGUUUUUCAUUCACUGUGUCAAGUUGAACCUUAGAAGCAGGACUUGUUUAUGUUAUGCUGAUGGGAGCCAUGGAAAUUGGGAGGCAGCAGAUUAUAAUGAAGGACAGGAAUACUGUCGAUGGCUCUGAUUGUCUGCUAAGCCUUAAUGGAGAGUGGUUGAAGUGUAGAUUACUAAUUAUUCAUUUUAUCAAGCUUUGGAAAGCAUUGGUAAAUGAUGGAUGCUUAUGAGUUUACUGCACUUUUACUAAUGUGUUUUUGCAGAGCCAUGUUCUCUCCUCUACAAAUGAUGAACCAUUUUCUGUGUGUGUGUGUGUGUGUGUGUUUGAGGUGUCUUCUCAAAGUGGGUCUUCACUUCAAUUUCUCACAAAAAUAGAAAUGUUUAUAACUUAAAAUAGCAGCAUGACCAUCAAUUUAUCACCAUGCCACCAAAUAAAGGAAAGGAAAGCACAGGGAUUGGAAGGGAGGAUGGUGCUGGUGGGUUUGGGUAUAUAGAGAUAAGGGUACAGAAAUGCAGAGGUGGGGAAAAUUUUACAGUGUAUCCCAUGGGGCUUACAGCAUGCCUCUCCCUUUGACUUUCUCCCUCUUCUUCUCCCUUACGCUGAGACAUACUGUAACUGGAUAGUUUUAUAUGAAUUCAAUGGAUAGAAGGAGAAGUAAUGAAGAGGGAAGCCAAAACAAUCUACUUAACUCAAAUGCAAAGCUUUUUCUCCUGACUUGCAGAAGCUAGUAUUUUAGGAAUAAAAACAGAUUGUUUCAAGCAAUAAUUUGAUAUAGUGUUACAAACAAGUUCUUGUUUUUUAGCCAUAACAGAUGGAAGUUUUGCUACUAUAAAAAUCAACUAAGAUCAGUUACAUGUGAAUGAAACAGUUUCAGUCUGUGCAAGCUCUACAAAUAUGCCCAUCAAUACCAUGAUAAUACCUCUAAAACAAAUUAAACCCAGCUGGUUUUCCUAAGAUUAGUAACAUACAAACUUGACUGACUACCCACUGGAGAUGUUCACUUCUGAGUCUGAGUCUGACUAAGUCUGAGUCAAGUCUUUAGUCAUGUACUGUAGUUAAUGCUCAGUUCAUUAGCUGUAGGUGUUUUAUUGCACAUACAGUAAGCAAAACACUGCUACACUUGUUUUAAGUAUUUUAUUCAUUGAUUCUUUUUAUCCAUAGAAAUUCAUUCAGAUCACAAAACUAUACAUUCUAUAUGCUGUGCACUUUAUUUAAAAUCAUAAUCUACAAAGAUGUCAUCAUUGUGCAAUAAGAGCUGCACAGAAAAGUGUUUGUAUGCUGUGAAACUCAUUGUACACCAACAUGGAGAAAUAAGAGAAACAUUUUCAUGUCACACUUUAGGUGAAUGAUUUUGUAAUUACAACUGGCGGAUUGGUAUGGCCAAAAUAGGCUUAGUAUUGAAGGUUUUUGGGUGUUCUACAUCCAUUGUAUUAGAGCCCUCUUCAUCACAGUUUGGAAAAAAUAUUUAGCUAAGCACCUACUACAGCACUUCAUGUAUAGCAAUGCGAGUUACCAAUGAACAAUUAACAACAGGUGAGUGUAAUUUGUAAAUGGGAGAUUUCACUAGGCUUAGUUGAAAGAGGGCAAGUUUGUUGACUGAGGAUUCAGGUAUCUUUCAAACUAGAACUGUUCGAUUAAUUAUUAGACAUUAAGCAGUAAAUAUCUCUCCCAAGACAAAACAAAUGCUGGAUUUGUAAAUUCAAAUGACAUAAUUGAAUGCAUGACUUGCCAAAACAGACAAAAAUUGAAGUGCUCUUUCUCCUGCCAGUAGCUUGUAUGCAAACACAGCUGAGACACGUCUGGUAAGGCUUCAUUGAGGUUUUGAUCAGCAGUGUAGGGGCACAUAAGGCACUGACAGGAAGAAAAAAAACAUCUGUAGGAGUAUGCAAGAAGAAAAGUACAUUUUGAUUACAGUUAAAGGACAUUGUCACAAGAGAAAAUGAAAGGAUCUAUCCCUCUUCAGGUUCUCCUCUAUGCUACAUUAAUUCGGAGCUUAAAGGUCGUAUCCAAGAGAGGUUCAGUGGAUGGCUGUACAGACUGGUCAGUGGACUACUUAAAAUACAAAGUUCUUCUUGGCGAGCCAGUGAGGAUUAAGUGUGCAUUGUUUUAUGGAUAUAUCCGAGCAAACUAUACCCAUGCUCAGAGUGCUGGCCUCAGCCUGAUGUGGUACAAAAGUGUGGGCCAUGGGGACUUUGAGGAGCCCAUUACCUUCGACGGGAUCAGGAUGAGCAAGGAGGAGGAUUCCAUCUGGUUUAGACCAGCUGAAUUACAAGACGUUGGUCACUACUCCUGUGUGCUACGAAAUUCCACAUACUGCAUGAAAGUGUCCAUGUCGCUAACUGUGUCAGAAAAUGACACAGACCUGUGCUAUAACUCUAAAAUGAAGUAUUUGGAGAAGGCUGAACUGAGUAAGGGGAAGGACAUCCUCUGUCCAGGCAUAGAUGACUACAUCCAGCCUGGCAAGGACCCAGACAUUGUAUGGUAUAAGGAGUGUAAACCCAAACAGUGGCGACAAAGCAUUGUCAGGAGGAAAGAUAUGCUUUCAAUUAAGGAAGUGAGAGAAGAUGACAUUGGAAAUUACACCUGUGAAUUAACAUUUGGAAACUUUCUAGUUCGAAGAACCACCGAAUUGUCAGUCACAGCCCCUUUGACCGACAAACCUCCAAAGAUCAUCUUUCCUGCUGAAAACAAAAUGAGUAUCAUGGAGAUGCAGUUAGGGAGUCUGGUGAACCUGACAUGCCGAGCGUUCUUUGGCUACAGUGGUGAUGUGAGCCCGCUCAUCUACUGGAUGAAGGGCGAGAAGUUUAUUGAGGAUCUGGACGAGAGCCGGAUUCGAGAGAGUGAAAUCAAGACUCUGCGGGAGCACCUGGGAGAACAGGAAGUGUCCAUCUCUCUGACCAUAGAUGCCUUAGAAGAAACGGACCUGGGUAACUAUACGUGCUUCGUGGAGAACGGGAACGGCAGACGACAAGCAAACGUCCUGCUCACCAAGCGCGCAGAGCUCAUGUACACAGUGGAGCUGGCCGGUGGACUGGGUGCCAUUCUUCUCUUGCUCGUCUUCCUGGUCACCCUGUAUAAGUGCUACAGAAUUGAGCUCAUGCUCUUUUAUAGGAACCACUUUGGUGGCGAGGACGUGGACGGCGAAAACAAGGACUAUGACGCAUAUUUGUCCUACACUAAAGUGGAGCCAGAACAGUGGAGCCAAGAGUCCAGAGAGGAGGAACGUUUUGCCCUGGAGAUUCUUCCUGAUGUUCUGGAGAAACAUUAUGGGUAUAAACUCUUCAUCCCAGACAGGGAUUUGAUUCCUACUGGAAGUUUCACCAAUGAUCAUUUCCAGGAUGACACGAGACUCCUUAGAGCCUACAUUGAAGACGUUGCACGCUGUGUGGACCAGAGCAGACGGCUCAUCAUCGUGAUGACACCAAGCUACGUGGUGCGGCGUGGCUGGAGCAUCUUCGAGCUGGAGACGCGUCUGCGCAGCAUGCUGGCGAGCGGCGAGAUCAAGGUGAUCCUGAUCGAGUGCGCCGAGCUGCGCGACACCAUCAAUUACCAGGAGGUGGAGGCACUUAAGCACACCAUCAAGCUGCUCACUGUCAUCCGCUGGCCCGGGCCUGAGGGCAGCAAGCUUGGAAGCAAGUUCUGGAAGCGGUUACGCUACGAGAUGCCGUUCAAGCGGCGUGAGCGUGCGCUGUCACACGAGCUCUCGCAUGAGCUCUCGCAUGAGCAGGCGCUGGAUGCCGGGGAGCUGCAGAGCGUCUCGGCUCUCUCGAUGGCCGCGGCUGCCUCCACGGCUGUGGCCACUGCGCGGCCCGAGUUGCGCUCCGCCUUCCGCAACAGCAGCUGCCACGCUCCGAUCGGACAGAAACACUACUACCGCAGCUAUGGGUAUGACGUGCCACCGCUGGCGACUCUGGGCACCCAUCAUACCUACUGCAACAUCCCUAUGACUCUGCUGAACGGACAGCGCACACAGGGCAAAGCACAGCGCACUGAGCAGCAGCAGCAACUGGAGGAGCAGCACGCCAAUAACGCCAUGUUGCCACUGCUACCACGUGAGACGAGCAUCUCCAGCGUCAUCUGGUGACGUCUUCUGGUGCCAGAAAAGGACCAUUUUUUUUAGCAACAGUCUUUAAAACCUUGUUGACACCUUUCCUAGUAAUGUAAGCGAUAAAAAAAAAAAAGACAAAAACAGAUCAUAUAGAUUGCUGUUGCUGCUGUUGAACUUAUUCACAAACAUCAACAAAAUGAGAAGUCCAGUAACACUGGACCUGAGGUGAUAAGGUGUGAGUGCAAAGGUCUAUAAAAACACAGAGAAGAUGCUGUGUUUCAAGACCUGCACACUCGCCCUUAUACACACACACACACACACACACACUCACUCUGACACUUAAGGAAUACAGGGUCUUGUACAUAUAUUUGAGAUUUCUUUGUAGCAUUGGUAUUUUUUCAGUUACAACAUUUCUGUUUCUUUUACUUUUUUAUCAUCCAAAUGUUUUGUAUCUAAUUUUUUAAUUAUCAUUAUUAUAUUUUUUUUUCUUGAGAAGAGAUCUGUAAGGUAUUAAGAUUUUUUUUGCAUUUUUCUCAACUUGUAGUUUGCAAGAAUUUUUUUAUUUUUUUUUUUUUUUAAGUGUUUUGGGAUUUGUGGCGUUGUGAUGUUUUCUUUGAGAGAACACCGUUGUUCUGUUGUAUUUUAUUUUUUUUUGGUUGAUGGUUGAACAGUGAGUAUCUCAGUUUUUAGAGACUCAUGAACAAAACUCGAUUAUGCAAAAAGUGCAGAAGCCUGGGAGCUAAAUUUCUUCCUGAACAAACGACCAAGCAGAAGACACGGGAGAGGAAGCAAAAUGCCUCAACAUGAUGAUCUAGUGUCUCUGUACUCUCUCUCUCUCUCUCUCUCUCUCUCUCUCUCUUGCUCUCUCUCUCUUUCAUGAAUAUUAAUACUUUCUAUCAAAAAGAGAAAACCAACAGCUUUGCUGUUUAGCUUGAUAGUAAAAAAAAACAUUCACCAUUGAAAAAAAAAUCUGUAUAUUAUUUUAAAAGAAAGAAGUAUAUUUUUAUAACAAAAAGAAUUUGCUUGGAAAGACAUAGUCGCAUUUCAGUCCACUAAUCAAAGGUGUAGAGUGAUUUGUUUGCAUAAAGACCUACCUUUAAUUUGAAAGUUAAAAAUGAAAGUAUUUUCAUUUGUUUUUGUCAAAGUCUUAAAUCAGGGAUGGGUGAAGGGGAAAGAGGGAAAAGAGUAUAUUUGUGUUUUUAUCUUACCCAUGGCGACAGUGUCAUUUUUGAGUGUCAUAGCAACUAGAUAUGUAUUCAGUUUAUAAUAUAAAUAUAUAAUUAUAUAUUUACAAAAUAUUUCACAUCAUCUUCAUCAAACCCAAUCGGGAUUGUUCUUAUUUUCCGUUCACUACUGAAAAAACUUUGAACCUCCAGUUUAGUGCCUCCCUGCACACUCACAUAUACUCACUUCCUGUCGCAUAACAAAGCACCUUCUACCAGUUUGUCAUGGAGCUGCAUUGGAUAUGUGCUCACUUCCUGUUAGGAACAUACAGUCAUGACAUCAUUUCCUCUCUGUGCCUCAUCUUUGUUUUGGAAUAGAAGCUGAAAUUCAGUGUAACUUAUCACAAACUGGUCACAGUUUCACCUACAGACAGAAAACGGCCAAGUCUGAGCUCCAAGAUAAGAAAAUGUACUCAUGUUGAUUCUCUCAGGAGCAGCUCGGAUGUCCAGGGCCGAGCGAUGUAAAUUUGGAGCGGAAGAAUGGAGGCAAUUCUCCUGCUUUUCCAAAACUAAACCUUUUGUGAAAGCCAGAGGCAACUAUGAACUUGUUUAGGUUCAGAACAAACAUAUAUGUUAGCAUAGUCCCAGAAUAUCAAAUUUGCAAAGCAAAACUCGUAUAAAAAUUAGGAAAAGAUGACGUUUCUUCUCUCAUUCACUACGUCACUCCUCCAUCUCUCUUCUAGUAAAUAUUCCAUGAGACUGGGAUGUUUGUAUCCUUGGCCUCAUGUUGAGGUGCAUGGUGCAACCAAGCUUUAGGGUUAAUGAAGGAUCCAGCUGUUCCUUUCCACAUCCAUUACCAUUUAAAGAUGAGACGCAAAGCUGGUCUUGGAGCAGCCUCCAAACGGCACUUCCACCCUUCUUACCAACGUACAGCCUCGUUGUCAGCCACGCUGGAGGUGUAUGAGCACCAGGGUUUGCGAGCAUGAUUGCUCUAAGCAGAUACUUCACAGCUCUGUCAGGUUUGGAUGCUAAUCUAAGACGAGCUUUGCAACUGGACUUUAAAUAGGAAAAAAAAACCAAAGCUGUUCAGCAUUUUUGUCAGCAUGUGCAGGGCAGUGGAAUACAGAAUAUGUGAUACAUCACUUUUUUUUGUCAUUUUGUUUUUCAAAUGUAUUUAUUGCUGUUGAAACAGAAGUGAUAAGUCCCAGGUUAUGACAGAGAAUGCAGUAUUAUCCAGAAUCACAUCAUUUAAUAUAAAAAACUUUGAUCAUGAUCCAGUAUUUGUUCCUCACACAGUCGUGCUAAUAGAGUGGUGAUUAUAAUAUAAAAAGACAAAUGAUAUGCAAAAUUAUGUAAAUUAGGGAAUGGAUAGGAAACAGGGUUGUCUCAAUUUACUGCUCAUCAAACAAACAUUUGAUUUUUUUUUUUUUGAAUGACUCUAUUAAACACUUCACUAUUACCAUGUUUGUUUUGGGUGUUAUGUGCUGGAGGUAGACUUCUGUCUCCGAGUCGCUGCUCUGCUAAAUUAGGCAAAUGUGUCGAAUGUUAAACUGGCAGAAAGAUACAGCAGAAGCCUGAUGGAUUUCCGAGUGCACCGAUCGUUAGUCAUUAUUUCCAUUUUUAACCA